UGUCAUAUUACGGAGGAUAGUUUGUGUCCAUAGCAACUUUAUGGACUCUUCGAUAGAGGACGCAACAAGUGAAGAGCCAAAAUCAAGUAGUUUUCCCAGUAGUAGUCAUGAAUUUUCUCAAGUGCAGCAAACUUUGGAAAGCGUGCCACCAACCAAAGAUAAAUUGUCUCUUGUUGAACCUGUGACACAAACAGCUACAGUGUCUACCGUUGUUACUACUGUCAGUCCGAGCGUAACAAGAUUGCCAGUUGAAGGAGAACUUGAGGGUACAGUCUCUAGCAAUACUCUUCAAACAACAGUUGUAACAACCGUUGGAAAUACGUCAGUUGUACCCACUGCUGCUUCUGGAGUUGCAGCAGUUUCCAUAGCAGCAGCAGCUCAACAAAGAGAUCCUAUCCAUUCUUGCACGACUCCUAGUACCAGUGCUAUACAGGAUGCGUUACUUGAGAGCACCGAAAGACCUGUCUCUUCUAAUAGCUCAAGAGUAUCGCCUCAUAAAAAUGUUUCGUUAUCUCAAGAGGCACCGUAUGUUACCGACAAGGACAAUAUUAAAAGGGAGAAUCAGCAGCUAAGGGAAGCAAUUGAAGGUAUUCGAUUGAAACGAGAGAGAUUUCGCCUUCUUACUGACAAAAUGAAGAAAGAAGUUAAAAGACAGUUGCAUCUUAUUUACAAAUACCGUAGUUUCUUGAUAUCAACGUUUGAAAAUAGGCCGAUUCAUGGGUUUCAACAAAUUAUUGAAAAGAUGAGAGUCUAUUCAUCAGGUUCUAUUCCAGAUUAUACUGAAGCACUAUCAAAUUCAAGUGGUAUGGAAAGAAAGAAGCAACGUAUGCCCUUAGAAACAUACAACUUAAAAAGUACUGCAGAUGCAAAGGCAUUCGUUACAGAUUCGAGUUUUCGUGCAACUGCAGCUUCUUCUGCUGCAGUAUAUACGAGAUAUCUUGACAAAGAACCGCGUGAAAUGGAUUCUUCCUCGAUUGCCUACUUUGAUAGACCAUUAGUUGGAAAUGUCGAGUCCCAAGAGAAGAGUGACCGAAAAGUUAAAGGAAAUGAAGAUAAAUGGCAAAAUUUAGGAGGAAAGGGUCGUUCCAACUUGUGGACUCCAGAGGAAGAUGCAUUGUUUAUGAAAGCAUUCAAACAAUAUGGCACGAAAUGGAAGCAAAUUCAAAAAGUUUUGCCUAAUAAAUCUCGUCAACAAAUUCAAAGCCAUGGUGCUUAUCUUCUCCGACUAGGCAAAUUGAAUAAGGAGCUAAUUCGAAGAGGAAAUAAACAAGUAAAUUCUUGGCAUGAUAAGCAGGAAUGCAAUGAUGAUUCAAAGCAGUUUAUCAACACUUAUGAAAGUGAUGACGUUUGAUUUUGUCUUUAAAAUGCCACAGUAUUGUGU